AUGACCAGUACUGAAUCUGAGAGUCAGCACAAUAAAUUAUUGACUGACGAAGAUUUUGACCCAAAUGAACUGGAGAAACGAUAUGUACAUCAAGUAUAUGACGUAAUAGCGUGUGAGUUUAGCUCUACACGACAUUCACCAUGGUCUAGUGUUAUGAAAUUUAUUGAAUCACAACCAAUUGAUAGUUUAGGCGCUGAUAUCGGUUGUGGAAAUGGAAAGUAUUUGCUUGCAUCAUCAAAAUACUAUUCUAAUAUAAAAGUUAAUAAUUCAUCUACCAGUGUUCAGGAUAAUGAUCCACUAACUCGUGUUAAUUUUAUUCCUAUCGCUGCUUUGGAGAGAAGUUCAAAAUUAGCAGAAAUUGUUUAUAAUAGAGGUUUUGAUGUAGUAGUUGGUGAUAUUCUACAGAUACCGUAUUGUUCAAAUCGUUUUGACUUUUUUAUAUGCAUAGCUGUUAUACAUCAUUUAUCUACUCUGGCUAGACGUAUUGAAGCAGUGAAAGAGUUGGCACGUAUUCUACGUGUUGGAGGUGAAGGAUUAAUACAAGUUUGGGCUAAAGAACAACAUGGUAUAUCAAAGUCUGAACCGACAUAUUAUGUAAAUCGUAAAACAAAACCUACAUCGUGUGAUAACAAUUCAUCAGAAACCUCUGAACGAAUAAUUGAAGCUGUUCCAGGUGUACAUUUACCUUUGCAUAUAAAUGGAACAGAAUUUCGUAAUACAGAUAUGCUUGUCCCAUGGAAAAAAAAGAAUCAUAAAGCCAGUAUACAGUCUGAUGAUACAAAGGAUUCAUUACCAGAAUCAAUGUAUGGUCGGUAUUAUCAUUUAUUUAUUCAAGGAGAAUUGGAUGAUCUGAUUGCUAAAGUACCUAGUUUAAAAGUUGAAAAGUCAUUUUAUGAACAAGGAAAUUGGGUUGUACAUGUCAAAAAAAUUGUAUAA